GUGGAACAGUAUUUUUAAUUCUAUUUUAUUUUUACAUUCAAAGGUUAUCUACAGUUUCUUUUUUUCUAUCUACCUAUACAGACCUAUCAUAAUUAAUUUUUAAAUAAAUAUUUACAAAAUGAGUGACGACAGUUCAGAAGAAGAUUUUGGAUUUGACUGGGUCCCAUAUAGUCAAAGAAAAGAAUGGGCAGAUGUUGUUCCUUUAAAGCAAGAUGAUGGUGACAACCCAGUUGUUAUGAUAGCGUAUAGUGAUCGCUUUAGAGAUGUUCACGAUUAUUUUAGAGCCAUCCUUACAUCUGGUGAAAAAUCAGAAAGAGCUUUGAAUUUAACAAAAGAUGCUCUUAAAUUAAAUGCGGCAAAUUACACAGUUUGGCAAUAUAGGCGAGAUAUUUUGAAGUAUUUGCAGUAUGACUUAAAUGUUGAAUUAAAUUAUGUAGAAGAUGUAAUAAGACAAAAUCCAAAAAAUUACCAGGUAUGGCAUCAUCGUCGCGUCAUAGUUGAAUGGUUAGGUGAUGCUUCGAAUGAGUUAGCAUUAACAGAAACUAUUUUAAACAUGGAUGCAAAAAAUUAUCAUGCUUGGCAGCAUCGCCAGUGGGCAAUAAAAACUUUCGAUUUGUAUGAAAACGAAUUAACAUUUGUAGAUCGUCUUAUUUCUGAAGAUAUACGAAAUAAUUCAGCAUGGAAUCAAAGAUUUUUUGUGCUGAAGCAUUUGGGUUUAACACCAGAGACAAUAGAACGUGAAAUAAUGUAUACAAGGAAUCGAAUACAGAUUGUGAAAAAUAAUGAAAGCUCAUGGAACUACUUAAGAGGCAUAUUAAAACAUAACAAUGGAAAGCUAAAUGAAUACCCCGAAGUUAUAGAAUUCUGUGAAGAACUUUUCAACAAUCAAGUUAAGUCACCGUACCUAUUAGCAUUUUUAAUUGAUUUGUACAUUGAAAAAUAUUCUGAGGAUGAAGAAAAAAGUUCCGCUGAUGCCGAUAAAGUCUUGGACUUAUGCCAUAUAAUGGCUACACAAUACGACAUUAUAAGAAAAAAAUAUUGGGAAUAUAUAGCAGGAAAAUUUAAAAAAGAAUUUAAAAUAGAUGCGUAGUGUUAAUAAGGAAUAAAGUAAAUCAAAACUUAAAAUGAAUUUUAUUAGAUUGUGUGAUAUGAAUUAUCAAAGUUUAUAUGUAAAUUUAUAAUUUUAAUAUCUUAUUUGUAUAUCAUUUAAAUAGAUUUAUCAUCACAGAUAAAAU